ACACAAGGAAGUGGCUGUAUUACUCAGAGAGGAAAAGAGAAGUUCUGUGAGACUAUCAGACUUGUACUUCAAUCUCCCUCAGAAUCUACAUUGAAUUCUCAGGCGCACAAAAGGGUCAUAGUAAUGGCGUUUCACAGCUUCCUCUUGGAACCAAUUAGCUGCCAUGCUUGGAAUAAAGAUGGGACUCAAAUUGCCUUUUGCCCAAACAGCCAUGAUGUACAUAUCUACAAAAAAGAUGGUGAUAAAUGGACUAAAAUUCAAGAGCUGAAAGAACACAAUGGACAAGUCACAGGCAUUGACUGGGCACCCGAGAGCAACCGUAUUGUGACAUGUGGCACAGACAGAAAUGCUUAUGUUUGGACUCUGCGUAACAACACAUGGAAACCAACUCUGGUCAUACUGAGGAUUAAUCGUGCUGCCCGAUGUGUAAAGUGGUCCCCUAAAGAAAACAAGUUUGCAGUUGGAAGUGGUUCCAGGCUCAUCUCCAUCUGUUAUUUUGAGCAAGAAAAUGACUGGUGGGUCUGCAAACACAUCAAGAAGCCAAUUCGUUCUACUGUUCUUAGCUUGGACUGGCAUCCCAAUAAUGUCCUUUUGGCUGCAGGAUCCAGUGAUUUUAAGAGCAGGGUUUUCUCAUCUUAUAUUAAAGAAGUGGAGGAGCGUCCUGCUCCUACCCCAUGGGGAUCCAAGAUGCCUUUUGGUGAGCUGAUGUUUGAGUCUAGCAGCAGCUGUGGUUGGGUGCACAAUGUCUGCUUCUCUCACAGUGGAGACCGCAUGGCCUGGGUGAGCCAUGACAGCACAAUUUGCAUUGCUGAUGCCACUAAGAAGAUGAGGGUCACUACUCUAAUAACAGACACUUUGCCUCUGCUGUGUUUGACAUUUAUUACUGAAAACAGUCUGGUUGCUGCUGGUCACGACUGCUAUCCUAUCCUGUAUACUUAUAAUGAAGCUCAGGGAAGCCUGAGUUUUGGUGGAAAACUGGAUAUCCCAAAGCAGAACUUACAGAAAGGGAUGACUGCAAGAGAGAGAUUUCAGAACAUGGACAAGAAGGCCAGCUCUGAUACUAAUAGUAGUUCCACAUUGGAGUCGUUACACAAAAACAGUAUCAGUCAAAUUUCUGUGCUGAGUGGAGGGAAAGCAAAAUGUUCCAAAUUUUGUACGACUGGGAUGGAUGGAGGGAUGUGCAUUUGGGACGUAAAGAGUCUGGAAUCUGCAAUGAAAAAUCUGAAAAUAAUGUAACAGCUACAAGAAGACAUCAUGGUGGAGAAGGCGUGCUUACAGACUUCAAACUAUUUUUAUAUGCAUCAGUUCAUUUUCUACAAUGUUAUUUCAUCUUUCGCAGAAAAUAUAGUUUUGAUAUUUACUGCACAAGUAACUUUGUCAUUUGUGUUAGUUAAUAAGAUGUUGGCUUCAGUAAGUCUAGCGCUAGACAAUGAGAACAUUUUGGUUGUUAUGGGUUUCAGCAGAUUUCUUCUACUUGUCUGGGUUUUUCAAAAUAUGAUAACAUUUCAGUUUAACCCUUAGAGUCAGGCGCAGCUGGCCUGACAGGCGCCGCAAAGCUGUUCUUGCUCCCCUCUCCGCCCUAAGGGGGCGCAGGGGCCUAUCUCUCCUAAUAGAUGAAAAGAAAGAGAAAACCGAACCUUCAAAAGUUUGAUGAGUUUGGGCGCAGUGUGCCUAAGAGGCUAGGAGUGUCACUACUGCACUCCACGCAGGCAGCCGGAAAACUGACUAGGGGGGUUUCGAAGAGCAGUAGUGACCAUAGGCGUGCGCAGCACAUUUUAUUAGGGGGUGCACCAUCGGAGGGGUGUGUCUAGAACCCCCUUUUGGGUAUGUCUAGCACCAUCUAUUGAUGGUCAACACAAUAUAAAAUAUCCACCCUUGUACCAAUCCUAAUAAAGCAGAUGCAUUGUCAGAUGUUGUGUGCACCAAACAAACACCCCUGAUAGCACUCACUUCAAUUACACUGUUCCUCCUCAGCCUGGUCUGGCUCCCCCUCUCUUUCCCCUGCAAGCUGCAGCAGCUUACUUACAAGUCAGUCACUUACUGACAGUCGCAGACUAGUACUGCUGCUGCCGGAAAAACGAGUAACGUGUCACUGCUGCUGCCGACCGCCUGCCAGUAUUGAAUUUGUCUUCCUAAGAGGAACGCUGGCUGCAUGCUGAUCCUCAUCAGUGGCUGGCAUUGGCAUAGCAUAGAAGGAGAGAGGUGGGCGUGUGGCGGGUGUGACGGGUGGUUGUGUGAGCAGCAUGAUGUCAUCACGUCACAUCACGCUGUUUUUGUACAUUGAGGUGGAGCCGGGAGUUUGAAAGCCGGUGGCAGUGGCACCCUUGAUUAACCCAGGCGUCCGGUCAGUAAUGCAGUCCUGACAGGGUGCAGCGCAGAGGGGACAGUAAUCAGCCUGCUCGGCGAUCGCUGCAUCAGGCAUGUGAGAUCGGGGUGCCAGACAUUAGGGGGUGCCUGUGCGCACCAGGCACCCCCCCUGCGCACACCUAUGGUAGUGACCCACCUGGCCUCUCAGGCACACUGCGCCCAAACUCAUCCGACUUUUGAAGGUUCGGUUUUCCUUUUAUUUUCAUCUAUUGUUUAUUUUGCUAAUUUUAUGAAUGAAAAUUACAAAGGUUGUGGAUAUUUUGCGGAAAUAUGUAGGUUGGUCCAGGGUGACCUCUCAGGCACACUGCUCCCAAACUUAUACUCAUGUUCGUGUUUUCUGUUUUUUGCUUCAGAUUUUCUGCUGAGAUGGCCCAUAAAGCCUACCAUUUCUCUCUUUGUACGUCCUAAUGAAGGUCACUGAUCACUUUACGAGCAUUAGAAUUGAGUUAAUUAGGUGCUAAUGAUGAUUUUCUAACAGUUGCCUGUCAGGCGCACUGCGUCUAAACCCAGGAGUCCCAGAGGUGCGCCUGACGGAGGGUUAAUAACAUGCUAUGGCAAUCAGACGUCUGCAUACAUCAGUGGUGAUGAAAUAAGCCUAUUUGUCUUACAGAUGUGCAAAGCUUGUAUUUCAUGAAACACAUUAGUUACUGCUCAGCUCAUUUAGACAGAUGUUUGCUGUUAAGGAAAAACAUUGCCGUGUUAGCUCUUUUCUUCAAAAUUAUCUCUAAAUUUGGCAAUAAAGAAAUGAAAGAAA